AAUGAAUAACCUAUGUGGUAACUAAUAAACUAUUAUAUUUUAUUAAAAUUGCUUACAUAUGUCAUAAUGUGAAAAUGUUAAUUUUUGAGUACUGUACUUAAAUAUUGACAGCUUCAAAGGAGAGGACAUUUUAUACAUACAUUGCAUUUCAUUAUAUUGUAAGAAUUAAACAUUUUUAAGGUUGAUGAGGCAGAAUAAUUUUAAUUACAAAGCAUUCAUCUGGUGAAGAGAUUAGAGUUCUUUGUGGAACUGUACUGUUAAAGCAACUAGUGAUGGGGACAGUCUGUUGCGCAACCACUAUGUUUUUGACAUUGUUUUAUUUUCAAACUUAUUUUACUGCUUUUGAAUGUCUUUUUUGUGGGGGUUGCCUUAGGUAAGGAGUGGUUGCAGAUGUACUGUCUGCUGCUCUGUCUCAAGCACCACGCAGAUGAAAAAAAAAAUGUUUGCACCUGUUUAAAAUCUCAACUGUGCAGUCUUGUGGUUCCUGGGCAACAGGCAGGAAUUCUCAAAAGCUUGGUUGCACCUGCUCAAUUGUUGUUUGCAGCUGUGUCAUAUGAGUCAGAGCACAGAGAAGCUUGUUAGCAGUUUGCUUCUGCUAAUACGUAUUUUUAUGUACUAUGAGUUUGAAAGAGUCUUGUUUGAUGAAGAUUUUGAAUCAUUGUACUGGUUUAUUUUAAAGCUCACUGGUAUUUGCUUGCAAAUAUUGUCUCCAAAUUUUGUUUUGUGUUUCAAAUAUGUUUGUAAUUGUGGUUGAGUGCCCCAGAGAAUGCGUGUGUGAACUUCUCUAAAGGAUACCUGGGGAUAUGUGGCUCACCACAUAAUAAUAAUUACUGUCCUGCUAGACAGAGUUUGUGUUUGGCUCAAUUUUACCAUGUUGGCAGCCCCACUAUGUGAGGCUGGAUGAAGUUAUCGAUCCAUUUAGCUGAACAGAUUUGAAAGCAUUUGGCUAUUAGUGGACACAUGGGGCAUUUUCAGAAAAUGUAAGGGUAUAUUGUAAGAUGAUUUUACUGUCUCUGCAUGUAUCACUGUUACAGUUGGAAGUAAAAAAAGAGGGAGAAGUAAACAUUGUACUUCCAAAAGAGGGCUAAAAUCCAGAUGCAGAUUUGAAUGUUGCAUUAUUGUUAUUUAAUUUAAUUAAAUAGUAGGUUUUUGGUAUUUUCCCUGAGUAUUAUUAUAGAAAUGUUGCUUCCAUUAGUAAAUAGUUUAUACAUUUACUGAAAAUGUGUAUAUAUGUAAUAUAGAUAAGCUAUUACACACUGUGUCUUAAGGAAAGGUCUAUAAUUGCAACACAAAAGAAACAAUUCACUAUAAAGAUAUCUAAUUGCGGUAGUCCUAAAUUGCUGGUAUUGAAAUGACUUAAUGUCACUCUUCAAACAAACAAAUAGAAAUGCUCAGGAGUUUUCAGCAGUAUUUAGUUACAUAAAUGUUAUGUUUCAAAAAUCCUGUAUCUUCCUUUUAUUGGCUCAUGUGGAAUUUUUUUCAAAUAAAUGACCAUAAUAUAAAUUUAACUCACCUGCUUUUAGAAUUAGCUAGAUAGAUAGGAUAGAUAGGUAGAGAAUUUUUCACAGUCCCUCAGCACUAUACGUGUACACAGUGGUUGGUCAAUUAACAUUGAACACAUGUAUUAUAAAUAAACCAUUUCUGAAAUGGUCUUGAAAAUGGAUGGAUAGUGUCCUAACAAUUUAUCAUACAUUUUGGGUAAACAUUAAAGAACUUAGCUCAGUUCUUACACUACCUGCUAAGUAAAAGUGAAAAUACUGAGAAUCCUUGCUUUGAAAUGAGUAGUUAAUAUAUAAAAAUUGGUACUGUGUCUUUAUAAAGAAUUAACAGUUGCAAUCACAGCAUGCUUUGCAUUCAUUUUUCUGGACUAUGGUAAUAAUCCUUUAUCAUCAGCAUUUUGUAGGCAAGAUUGAGGCUUCAACAGUUAAGUUACUGUCAAUUUGGAGAUGAUUUGCAGGAUAGAAAUAAAAAGUCUGUGUUGUGUAAUUGUUUUCUUAGUUUCCUGAGCACUUUCUUAGAUUCUCUAUUUAACACACAUUGAUGACUCAUGAGCAUUAAGUGUGUUUGACUGUUUUUGGGUCAAGUAUGAUCAAAACUUAUUAAAAAUCAUGUUUUUCUAAGCUAAAGUAGUAGCACUUAUAUUUAUUGUAUACACAUUUCUAAUUAUAGUUUUUAUUAUUCACUAAAUUCUAACUGUAAGUAAAUGCAGGCAAAGUCAAGUAAAGGUAGAAUCAAAGCAGUGAAUUAGCAACUACUUUAGCUAUGCCCUUCCAAAGUUGUCUCCUGAGGCAUGAGCCACUCAUUUAAUGUAAGGAUGGCCUGAGUUGUACAGUAGACCAAUUUCUAUUGCGUUGUAAUGUCUGUGUUUCUCGAACUUUGAUCAACUAACUGAUGACAACUGUGAGUACAUCUAAGCUUGGAAUGGUUUUCCUUUCACCAUAGUUUAAAUCAGUGGGUAAGAGGACAAUGUCAAGAACAUCAUUUUUUCUCCCUGCAACUCGGUGUGGUAAAUCAGUCCAUAUUCCUCUGCUACUCUCAAUAUUAGAAUUUCAGAUAUGAGUCAGUAAUCUAUCUUAGUUAGAAUAAAUAAUCACUAAACCAGACAGAUAUUAACAGCUGUUUCAGGGGCCUUUACCAUGAAUUUUUGUAUGGAAUAUCAAACAGGGAUAAAUUGCCAAGCCCAAGGAUUCCUGUAUGCAUUUGUGUGUUUCUCAGUUAUUUCAGCAUUAAAGAAAUAAAAGGGGAAAAUAUACAUUUAUUGAAAGAAUAAUGUGCUUACAUGUGAUUUAUUUCUUUUCCCCAUUUCUUCCAUUCUUUCCUUAUUUCCUUUCUCCUUUUUGUUCUACCUGAUAAAUUAAUGCCUGCUAUUUGCUAGACACAGCACUAGGUAGAGGAAUAAAGCUAAAUGCCUGUCUUUAAACAUUGUGCAGGCUAUGGGGGCACAAACAUAUACCAACAGAGAUAUAUUUGACUUUGAUGUUUAUUAUUAGCAAGGGCUCAGAAAAGUUACCUAAUCUCUUUUCAUUCCUUGUUUCCUCAUUUGUAAUCCUGGAAAAAUCUACCUCAUUCUAGCUCAUAUUUUGUUAUUUUAAGAGCUAGAUAAACAUUACAAAUAAUCUUAGCCCUUUGGCUAGUACAUAGUAGGUGUUCAAUGGAUCUUAGUUCUGUUACUAUUAAUUCUGUCACAGCUACUACCACCACCAUAACUGAAGAAAAAUAAUCUACUUGCCCAGGAACAGGAUCAUGAUCUGUGUAUUGGAGCUUCGGUGGUUUCAAAGCUUCCAUACAAGGUACCACUGAUUGCAGUCCUUAAGAAGCUAUUGCCCAAAUCAUUAAUCGGUAUACUGAAUCUAAAAUAUCUUGAAGUAUUCAUUUAGUUAAUAUAUACCACUUUCAUUUUGUUGAAAAUAUGCGUAACAAAAUUCAGCACUUUAAACAUCAUUAGAUGUCUAGGACAGUGAAGUGGAGUAGCCAGGACUCUAACAUGACAUCUGUAUGGGAUGCUGGUGCUUCAGGUAGCAACUUGUAACUCCCAAAAAUAUAGCAUUGGCCCAAACCCUCAUCUUCUAAAAGGGAAUGCUAUAUUCAUUUCAAAAUGUCUUCUUAUUCUCUUUCCCCAGUCUGUUAAAAUCACUGCUAAACUUCUUGAGCUCUAUAUUGUUGAUAAUUCUAACUAAUCAAGCAAGUAGAUUCAUUCAAUAUUUCUCUUUAUGUUUGGUUUAUUUGCCUCAGUAUAAUAUUCUCAUGUAUUCAUCUUGUUCUAUAUAUAAUAUUUUUCUUUGUUCUCAAUGCUUAGUAAUAUUUCUUCUUAUGUAUGCAUACUACAUUUUCUGUACCCAUUCUUGCUUCAGUAGAUACUUGGGUUGCUGCUUGAUUUUAUGAUUAUGAAUCGUUCAGUCAUGAAUGUGGUACACAGAAAUAUCUUUGAGAACUUGCUUUUGAUCCUUUUGGGUAUAUACACAGAAUUGGAAUUGCUGGAUCAUUUGCUAUUUUUAUUUUUUAUCUGUUCUUAUAAUGAGAUUACUUUUCUUUAAAUGAUUGUAAUCUUCUUGUGCUUGUGGAUAGCAUUGAUUUCUUCAUAAGAAAAAUAAGAUGAGUCAGGUUUAGCAAGAAAACAUCUUCUACUUAUUUGUUCAUUUGCUUUAAAGGAUCCUGUGAAUACUAAACAAAUAAGAAUCUUGGAAUUAAUUCUGAAUCUGUUGCUUAAGUUUGGAUUUAAUAGAUUUGGAUUCCAGUUUACCUUCUCUAAAGUCUUCAGUCAACAAUUAGUAUUUGUGUGACCUAAUCAGUGCUCUCUCAUAUUCACUAAUAUGAUUUAAGUCUGUUUUGUCCACUAAGGGUUCAUGAAUUAGAAGCUUAGUCUAGUGUUUAGCAUUUGUAUACAUUGUAAUGUAUGUGUUUAUGUUAUUUUGUUAUCUGUUGAGUACCUCACUUCAUCAUUGUUAGACUUAUGGUUAGAGUAACUUUCCAUGUGUGCUACAUUUAGUAGGCUGGGACUGUUUAGGAAAAAACUUAGGACAAGUUAAUCAAAAUUAUUUGCAUGACUUGAUUAUUAAGUGUGCCUUGCAAUGGAAAGCCUAUUGAUGGAGACAAUGGCCAUACACAAUUUUGUAUUUUUUUUUUUGAGAAGAAAAUUAGUAGGGUAAAAUGCCCUGAUUCUCUCUAAUGCAAACUUCCUCAACAGUAGAAAACUGGAUUUGUAAAUUUAUCUAUAUUAUUUCCUUUAAUUAUAAAUAAUAGAAACUGGAUGAUCUCAAUUAUAGUACAUCAUUUUCCUCUGCAAACUGUUCAUACUUUUACUGCAGCAGUGUUUUUUUUUUUUCUGUACAGCAAUCUCAAAAUGAUUCCCUAAAAGCAAAGGGGAAAUACUAGUAAAUGCUAUAUUGCAUUGGUCAUUAUUAGCAUACAUAAAUGGAACUGAUUCACCCAAUGUCGGAUGUACUUUUUUGACUGUGAUGAAUCAAGGGAAUCACUGAGGAUUACUGAAGUUUUGAUUUAGUUGGAUAUUAGUUUACCAGAGCUGUUCUACCAGAGCCUAACAAACUUUAUGCUUGCAUAAGAAUUUGUUUUCUCAGUUUUGCUGUCCGGAAUUGAGGUUUAUCAGAAGAGUUGGUUCCUUCUGAGGGCUGUCUGGGAACGAUUUGCCCGAGAUGAUAAUCUUCCUCCUGCUGUUACAGUGACUUUUUCAAAGUUUUUAUAUGUGUGCCCCAACUUCUCCUUUUUUUCUGAGGACAUUAAUCAUAUUGUAUUAGGUCUCUCACUGUAUCAAACACAUUUUAGCUUGGUUACCUCUUUAAGUACUCCAUCUCCCUUGUGGCAGAAAUUGCAACAGAGCUGGUUAAUUCACAGGUUGGAAUGCCCACAUUUCAUUUUACAGUAUAGAUUUGUGUCCUUUCAAAAUAGCUUCAAUGUAGCUGUGAUCCUGGGAGGUAUCAGAUGAUGGUUCAAGUAUUUGAGUCUUUGCCAUCCAGAGGGGAGACACCAAAAGUGUUCCAGGUUCCUGGCUCUGGUCUGACCCACAAGUCCUAGUUUGUGCAGGCAUUUGAGCUGAGAACCAGAAAAUGUAGGUAUAUCUUUCCCUAAUAGUUCUCUCCUGCUCCCAGUUCUCUAUGUUCUAACUAGAUGAAACAUAAAUUAAUGUAAUAAAAGACUCUAUAUUUCAAUGAAAUCACACUUUGAGGUGCUGGGGAUUAGAGCGCCAAUUAUUUUAUUCAAGUCAUAAUAAUUGGGUUGAAAAUAACUAACAGUUAUGAAGUGACUUUCAUAUUCCAGCUGUUUUAUAAAUAUUAUUGAUAAUCCUUCCAACAACUUUUGUAGAUAACAUGUUAUUUUGUCAUUGUCAGAAGGGAGUCUAAUAGAGGGUAGAAGCAAUUGUCCAACAUCACACAACUAUUAAAUGUUAAAUGCUGGUGUUUGAACCCAGUAUCCCAUGGUGCUUUUAGUAUUGAUAAGUUUUGUGAUAAUUCAAUCAAAAAAAUCCCAAAACAACUUCAAACAUUGUAUUUUUUGUUCUUUUUUGUCAUUAGGACUGUGCCAAAGAACAUUUACUCACGAAAAACUGACUGCCUGAAGUUACACUGAAAGACCGAAAUCACAGCACCUUAAAAACAAAAGAUUGAGCUGCACUGUGUUGUAAUAUUUCACCAUCAGUAACUGGAUAUUCUUCAUAACACUGCUGUCUGUUCCUUGACAAGCAGUCUGUGACCUGUCCCUUCUCUUUGUAUGCAAUCGCUCUCCAUUCCCUGCCCCAAUGAACAUCUGCACUAGGCCCCAACCUUGGAGUGAUUUACCUGAAGAGUGACACCACUGACUUGGAAACUACUACGUCUCUUACUGGAAACGCUAAACCCGGGAGUCUAACACCUCUCUUAGGCUUCAGAUGAGGAAACUGAAGCCCAGAGAGGUGAAGUGAGGUGCCCAAGGCCACACAGCAAAUUAGAGGCACAGCUAGUACAGUAGCUCAAGUCUCCUGACUCCCAGUCCAGUGCUCCUCCCAUUACUCCACGGGUCCUGUCUCUAAGCUUCCUGACAAAUGCUAGAACGGAAGAAACCCAAGACAGCUGAAAACCAGAAGGCAUCUGAGGAGAAUGAGAUUACUCAGCCGGGUGGAUCCAGCGCCAAGCCGGGCCUUCCCUGCCUGAACUUUGAAGCUGUUUUGUCUCCAGACCCAGCCCUCAUCCACUCAACACAUUCACUGACAAACUCUCACGCUCACACCGGGUCAUCUGAUUGUGACAUCAGUUGCAAGGGGAUGACCGAGCGCAUUCACAGCAUCAAUCUUCACAACUUCAGCAAUUCCGUGCUCGAGACCCUCAACGAGCAGCGCAACCGUGGCCACUUCUGUGACGUGACGGUGCGCAUCCACGGGAGCAUGCUGCGCGCACACCGCUGCGUGCUGGCUGCCGGUAGCCCCUUCUUCCAGGACAAGCUGCUACUGGGCUACAGCGACAUCGAGAUCCCGUCAGUGGUGUCGGUACAGUCGGUGCAAAAGCUCAUUGACUUCAUGUACAGCGGCGUGCUGCGCGUCUCGCAGUCGGAAGCUCUGCAGAUCCUCACAGCCGCCAGCAUCCUGCAGAUCAAAACAGUCAUUGACGAGUGCACGCGCAUCGUGUCACAGAAUGUGGGCGAAGUGUUCCCGGGGAUCCAAGACUCGGGGCAGGACACACCUCGGGGUACACCUGAGUCAGGCACAUCAGGCCAGAGCAGUGACACAGAGUCGGGCUAUUUGCAGAGCCACCCGCAGCACAGUGUCGACAGGAUCUACUCAGCGCUCUAUGCCUGUUCCAUGCAGAAUGGCAGCGGUGAACGCUCCUUCUACAGCGGUGCAGUGGUCAGCCACCACGAAACAGCGCUCGGCUUGCCGCGCGACCACCACAUGGAAGACCCCAGCUGGAUCACCCGCAUCCACGAGCGCUCACAGCAGAUGGAACGCUACCUGUCCACCACCCCUGAGACUACGCACUGCCGCAAGCAGCCGCGGCCGGUGCGCAUCCAGACCCUUGUGGGCAACAUCCACAUCAAGCAAGAGAUGGAAGAUGACUAUGACUACUACGGGCAGCCAAGGGUGCAGAUCCUGGAGCGCAAUGAAUCCGAGGAGUGCACGGAAGACACCGACCAGGCCGAGGGCACUGAGAGCGAGCCUAAAGGCGAGAGCUUCGACUCUGGUGUCAGCUCCUCCAUUGGUACUGAGCCUGAUUCAGUGGAGCAGCAGUUUGGGCCCACCACACGGGAUGGCCAAGCCGAGCCAGCCCAACCCGAGCAGGCCACCGAAGCCCCUGCUGAGGGCGGCCCACAGCAGAAUCAGCUAGAAACAGGGGCGUCCUCUCCUGAGAGAAGCAACGAGGUAGAUAUGGACAACACAGUCAUCACCGUCAGCAACAGCUCAGACAAGAGCGUCCUGCAGCAGCCUUCGGUCAACACCUCUGUUGGGCAGCCAAUGCCAAGUACCCAGCUCUACUUACGCCAGACGGAAACCCUCACCAGCAAUCUAAGGAUGCCUCUGACCUUGACCAGCAACACACAGGUCAUUGGCACAGCUGGCAACACCUACCUGCCGGCCCUCUUCACUACCCAGCCUGCGGGCAGCGGCCCCAAGCCUUUCCUCUUCAGCCUGCCACAGCCUCUGGCAGGCCAGCAGACCCAGUUUGUGACAGUGUCCCAGCCAGGCCUGUCCACCUUUACUGCACAGCUGCCAGCGCCACAGCCCCUGGCCUCAUCGGCAGGCCACAGCACAGCCAGUGGGCAAGGCGAAAAAAAGCCUUAUGAGUGCACUCUCUGCAACAAGACUUUCACCGCCAAACAGAACUACGUCAAGCACAUGUUUGUACACACAGGUGAGAAGCCCCACCAAUGCAGCAUCUGUUGGCGCUCCUUCUCCUUAAAGGAUUACCUUAUCAAGCACAUGGUGACACACACAGGUGUGAGGGCAUACCAGUGCAGUAUCUGCAACAAGCGCUUCACCCAGAAGAGCUCACUCAACGUGCACAUGCGCCUCCACCGGGGGGAGAAGUCCUACGAGUGCUACAUCUGCAAAAAGAAGUUCUCCCACAAGACCCUCCUGGAGCGACACGUGGCCCUGCACAGUGCCAGCAAUGGGACCCCUCCCACAGGCACACCCCCGGGUGCUCGCGCUGGUCCCCCAGGCGUGGUGGCCUGCACGGAGGGGACCACUUACGUCUGCUCCGUCUGCCCAGCAAAGUUUGACCAAAUCGAGCAGUUCAACGACCACAUGAGGAUGCAUGUGUCUGAUGGAUAAGUAAUCUCUUUUUCUCUUUCUUAUGAACAAAACUACAAAAAAAAAAAAAAAAAGCAAAAGUAAGAAAAAGAAAAAAAAAGCUAUGGCACUAGAAUUUAAGAAAUGUUUUGGUUUCAUUUUUACUUUCUGUUUUUGUUUUUGUUUCAUUUCGUUUUGUACUACAUGAAGGACUGGUUUUUUGCCUGCUGGUACAUUACAUUUCCGGAGGCUCGGGUGAAUCAUAGUUUUCCCAGCCUCCAUCGGAUGGUGGCCUUAAGGCCUGGUAGUGCUUCAGGAGGUCCACUGGUUGGAUCUCUAGCUACUGGCCUCUAAAUACAACCCUUCUUU